CACCCCACACAGUCAUCUGCCCGUUUGACACUGAAAUUAAUCCUUUGGAUACUUUGUUCGUGACUCCCAUGAACAAUGCAGGGAAAUAAGAAACAUACAGAAGGACACAGUGACUCCUCGAGUAUUGGGAGUCUCCUGGAUGACACAGACAGAGAGGUAAGCAGCCUCACGGACCGGGCUUUCAAAAGUUUGUGUGUGGCAGAACUUGAAGACUCCUACAAUGAACCAGAUCUUGCCAUUUCACCUGACUUUGCCCUCCAGUUCUCUGCUAAAUUUCACCCAGGAACGCUGAGCUAUGCCAUCAAGAAGAGCAACAUCUGUAACAAACUAACAGCAAGAAACAACGAACAUACCAUAUCGGCUUCCACAUUCCAGCAGUUACCAAAGUGUGCUCCAGAGGAGAACAGGAUUGCCAAAAAUAACACCUCUUCCACGGAAAGGAAAAAUCUGAGUUUGCCAGUCACUGGUCCAAGGAACAAUAAACAUGCUUCCAAAGUGUCCUCACUGAUUAGAACAUUUGAUAAGACUGCAGACCAAGGGCCAGGAGGUUCCCCAAUAGCCAUUAAGCAGCCCAGUAAGAACAGCUUUCAAAAAUGGAAACUAAACCAUGGAAAUUAUAAGGCUUGCUUGGAUGACACGGACAUUUUAAGCAACCAUAAGGAACUUUCUCAACUUUCUGAGGCUAGCCAAGAUAGCCACUGUCUCAGUGGCAAACAUGAGCCACUAGAAAGACCUAAUGAAAUAGACCUGAGUUAUUGUGACUCUGAAAGUUACUAUCCUGUGCUGAUUGAGAUGUCAAAAGUAGCCAAGUCAAAUUUUUCCCGUUCAUCUAAAAAAACUUUGAAAAACAGAAGUGUUAAAAUUAAUGAACCAGCAAAAAAAGGUAAUUUUCUUCACAGUGAAAACAGUGCUUUUGAGUCAUGGAAUGUUCAUCACAAAAAACUGACCGAAAAGGAGGAACCUGUCAAUAUAAAUGUGGAAAAAGAAGACCUUACAUACCUGGAAGAAGCACCCUUUAUUAAAGGAUCUCAAACACAGGAUCACAAAUUGCCGCCUCUCAAGAGUACUGUUGCUAAAAAACAGAAGAAAGAUUUUCAAGAGAAGCCAACUCCACCAGAAACUGCUUUCAGCAUUCCUCUCUCAGCUGUACAUGUACCUCAGGAAACCCUCCCUUCAGACACCAAAUUUCCUGCUGCUCUUCCUCCCACACCACCUCCAAGGACCCAUGUGCACCAGCAUCCUCCUCAACCACCCCCUGUCCCACAUGCACUUCCUCUUCUACCCCCUACCCAUCAGAGCCGUUCCCCAACACCUCCUACACCUGAACCGCCUCCUGUGCCACCACACCCAAUGUCAGUUCAGCUUUCCCCCCUUGCCUUGUCUCAGGCCUCUGUGUCACCUCAGUCUGUGUCCUACAGGAUGGUUUCACCCUCACCUAUGUCCCAGGCACCCAGUCCACCUGCACCAAGAACCCAGGCCCCCUUAGCCAAAGAGGAGGUCCUCAGUUCUCAACUCAGUAAUACCUGUCCUCCCUGGAGGAGACAGAGGGCUACAAAAGGGGGAGCAGAGAGGAGGCAAGCUUCAAAGGAGACAUUCACAGUCAGCGAUGACACGUGGACAUUGUCUGAACAGGUGACUGGUGCUGAACCUGGUCUGGAUGUGACUCCUCUAGCUAAACAGGUAAAUUCCCAUGGAUCAAUCAGUUCCUCUUUCAACAUCACUGAACUCCUAACACCCAUCAUACCACCAAAGCAGGAGAUGGAACCUGUAGAAAGUGAGCUGAUACCAUUAACCCCUCCUCCAGCAGAGAGCAUGGCAUUGAGAGACCAGCAUGGAAGCACAUUUACUGAUUACAGGUCUCGGGAUAGUUACAAAUCGAAAGCUUCAAGUUUGUUAUUCAACUUGAAGGAUGUGCGCAAACGCGUUAAAAGCAUUUAUACUCCUUCUCCCCUCUUAAGGGCCUUGGAGGAGAAAAACAGAACUAGGGGAAGUAUAAAAAGUAGCACAGAAAUGAAUGCCUCACUUCUGACUUCACAAGAAGUAAGCAACAAAAAUAUUGUAGAGAAAGAUGAAUUGAGUGAUAUAGCCUCCAUGUUGUCUGGCAGUGUCCAUGAAAAGGACAAUAAAACUGAUUUAACUGGGCACUUCACAGACAAUUACCUGACUUUGAGUUCACCCCAGACAACAGCAGACCUUUUAUUUUACCAGACUGGAGACAACUUGCAGCAAGAUAAUUCAAAACAUCAAGAUCUGGUUAAAAAUGCAGGGGAUAAUGAAAACCUCCCCUUGUUCAGACAUGAAUCAAAUGAACUUGAUUUAAGAAAGCAUCAGCAGUAUCCAUCACCAAAGCCAUUCAAUAAUGACAAUACAGCUACAACAACUGAGCAGUCUAUGCAAAGUCCCAGUGUCCAGGCUGAGGAAAAUGAGGCACAGACUGCUAUUCAGAAUGAUAUUUUCAGUUUCAAAGCACUCCCAAACCAACUUUCACCAGCAGAGGAUGUGCCUUAUCGUGGCACCCAAACCAGUAUGGCAGUACCUGGCCAUGAAGCACAAGGCAAAAGAAGCACUAGUUCUUCAGAGCAAUCGUUUGUCUCCACAGUAGAGCAGCCACUUCAGGAGGAGCUAUCUCCACCAGUGCCCCUGAUGCAGAAGGCACACCUUCAAGAAAGCCAGGGGACUAAGAGUGAAAUGGGUACAGAUAAUAAGAAAAACCACAAAGAGAGAGGAAAAGAUAUUGAGGAAGAUGAACCACAGUAUUAUGCUUGUACCAGUUCUAGUACUAGUGCAGCAGAGACGAGAGAGGGGGAAGCUGCUGAAAAUGAACAGAGGAACUUGCUGACAGAGAAAGUAAGAGAGAAAAUGGAAGAGGUCAAGAGCAUGGAUUCUGCUUCUGACACUGCAAGGGACAUGUCUCUCCCUAGGUCUGAGGAACCACAACCACCACCACCUUCAAGCUCAACAAAACCCAGUCUGUUUAUGAUUAAAGAUAACACAUUCAGGUCACCUCAAGUCAUAAGGGCUGUCAAGCUGCCCCUGUUUAGGUCCUUUUCUCUGGAUGAUACAGUGAGCAGCAGUUAUAAGGAAAUGGAAAGUAGGUUUAUGACCCCAGCAGAGUGCAACAAGCGGCACCGAAAUAUGUUGCGUGCCCAGGAGAUAGGCUGGUUGGCAUCAAGGUGCAGAGGGCAGCAGGAUGUGAAGGAUGGUGUAGCUGACAGAGGGAAAGAGGCCAGUGAGUCUGGAUCUACUUCAGCAACACUGGAUCCUAGUAUUUUGGAAGAUGCAGGGAGUUUUUCAUCAGGAAAGCUGAUGGAAGAGAACAAAGAGACUUGUGCUUUGUUAAAUAAAGUUGGGAAAACGAAUGAGGAAAAUGUCUGCAGAUGGAAAGAGAAGUCCCAGGCCAGGAAGGCAAGGCAUAGCUUAACACAGCCUAAUUUAGGCCUGGAAAGUGACCAAGCACAAAAUAACCCCAACUAUCCCACAGAAAGAAAGGCAAAUUACUUUAAGAAUCAUCAUUUAUCUAAUCGCAAGGGUGGCUCUUGUGCAAAAAAAAUAAUUACCAGGGACACAAUUUCCCCUGUGAGUGCUUCCAUACCAGAGAACCACAUAUGUUCUCCAGUAUCUCAUGAAGCCUUAGAGGACAUCCUACAUACAGAAGGUGAACCAGUUUUGCUAGACAGUCUUGCAUGCUCUACUGUUCCAAGCCCCACGACGCACUCUCUUGCUGCCAGUUUGUCAUCAGACAAACCAAAAAUUUCUGGCCUUAGAGAGACAGAGGAUGCUAUAAACCCUGGUGUGCUGCACAUGGUACUAAAGAACCAACCUGGUAUGUCUGCAGAAGAGAUACUUGAUUCAACAAGGAGGAAUCUGCUUUCUGAUUCUACUGGGGAAGCUGAGAGACUGGAGCUCAGGGGACUUGGGGAGAGAGCAGCAGGAAAGCCUCCUGCUGUGCCACCAAAAACAGAAAAGGCUCUGCGGCGAGCCAAAAAACUGGCAAGCAGGAGAAGGAAAAUGCAAGAGCAGCAGAGAAAACAUCAGACUGAAUGUACAGAUGCUGUAGAUAGAAAGGCUUCUCAUUCUGGACAGACACAAGCAUCUCAUUCACCCUUGGGUUAUUCUCCUCCCCAUCCUCCCCCCCACUCCACCAUUACUGCCAUGGAAAUCGGUGCUGGAAUAGACAGUGGUGUAUCAGCAGCAAGCCCUUCACCCUCUUUGACCCAGCGUAAACUCCUCCAAGACCCUGACUCUGGUCAAUACUAUGUCAUUGAUUUACCAGCUGAAGUUAAUUUAAAAACAUUUUAUGAUCCAGAAACUGGAAAAUAUGUUCAAGUGUCAGUCCCUUCCUCAGAAGGGAACAUACACAAGCCCCCCUCUUCAGGAAUUAUUAAUUCUCCCUAUGCCUCCUACCCUAGAGUCAUGCCUUUACCAGCUUCAUCUGUAGCAGUGCUGAAGCCACCUUCUCAGCCCUCUGAACCUACCUGGUUAGUGCCAGCUGUACCAGGAGAACUAGCUGAACUACCCAAAGAUGGUCAUCAAGACUACAGAUACAUUGAAGCUGUGGAUAGUCAGCCCUACAUUGAACCAGCCUCUUACUCCUACAGGCAAGGCACUGAAGACACUCAAGUUCACUUAGGAAAAGACAUGAGCCCAAUCCCAAAUACAGGUAUAGUGUCCCUCAGUGAUUUAGAUGAUUUUGCUGCUGAAGGAGUAUCUUGAAAACUGAAGUAACAAAAUAUGCCAACGAGAGUUUUAAAGAACUAUUUGGACAGAUGAGCACAUGAAAACACACACAGAUUUGAUGUUUGUACAACACUGUAUGUCUGAAUCUGGUUUGGGUGGGAAGGAAAAUGAUCUGACCAUGCUGAAUGAUGCAAGGUGAUGAUCACUGAAGAAGAGUGAGUUUGAGUAAGCACUCAAUUAUCAGUGAGAUGAAGGGGCAACACCACCUGAAAAAAUAAAUGCAACAGUAUGAAGCCACCACUUGCUGCUACUGUUGCUUUACCAUUAUGGUGGCUGGCACUGCCAAAGCAAGGACCCUUUUGCCCAGAUGUGUUGCAUGAUAUAUCACACAAAGUAAAACCUUUGAGACCAUCUUGUCAGCCCUAUGGGAACUAGGAUAGAUGCCACAUCUGCUGAACUUUCCUCACUCACUGCCUUCAAACUGUAUUGACAGAUAGAAAGUGUAUGGCUACAAGCAUGCCAUGAACCCAAGAUUCCUUUUUUGCACACAUUGAUUGCCCAGCUGUUAUUGACAAGAUUGUAUACUGGAUGCACAAUGCAACAGCCACGUCAAAAAACCUUUACACAAACAAAGUACAGCUGCAGCUGCUCUAGACCUCUCAUAUACUUUUGCAGUGUCCACUAACAUGCUGCUGGAUUCUUUCUAUUUCUUGAUAAUCUCCAAGUAUGUUCCCCUAGAGUCAGAGGUUGUUUAUAAUGCAGUUUAAAACUUCAACUUAUCUUGAUCCUUAGGCUGAAAUAUUUUGAUAAGGAGCGAGGUCAGGUGAAAUCCAACAGCGUUCAAUUUUUUGUUAGGAUGAGAAAACCUUUGCUUAUUAUAACUGAAAUGCUUUCUGUUUUGUUUUGUUUUCAGGCACCCACUGAAACACAGCAUUAACUUUUAAAAUGUGAAAAAGAUACCUAAGUUUGGUCUUGUAAACUCUGUGACUAAAACAAAAAAUAAAAUAAAAAGAUAAAAGUCUGACGUUCUAGGAAAAGUGAUUUGGUCUAUCACUUUUCUUUGAAAGAUCUGUAUCAAAGUAUCACUCGUCCUCACAUAAACUCUUUUUUAUCAUCAUAGAUAAU